AGUAGUACCCGACUAUGACACGGUCUGAGGGAAGGUCCAGCAAGUCCAUGUAUCAUUCUGUCACACUCCACAUGGUCGAUCGAUCCAGACCUACCGGAUAGAAUGGAAACUUGUACUGUAACAGAGCCAUGGUUGGGAUGGAGUUGCCGGCUCUAACAAUCAUUAUUAACCUCCCAACGUAGUAUUCCCAUCCUUCUUCGAAUAUCUUCCAUCAUGAGAGUAAUCAUUAGGGAGACUAGCCUUGAAGCUUCAGAAUACAUUGCAGAUUACAUCAUCAGUCGCAUAAAGUCAUUUAAGCCUAGUGAAGACCGUCCCUUUGUGCUGGGACUCCCGACUGGUAGCAGCCCUGAGAUAAUCUAUAAGACUCUGGUGCGCCGGCACAGGGACGGUGAUAUCUCGUUCAGAAAUGUCGUAACGUUCAACAUGGACGAAUAUGUUGGACUGCCUCGUGACCAUCCGGAGUCCUACCACAGCUUUAUGUAUAAGCACUUCUUCUCCCACGUGGAUAUUCCGCCCCAGAAUAUCAAUAUCCUCGAUGGCAACGCAUCCGAUCUCGCGGCUGAGUGUUCGUCGUUUGAGGCGCGAAUUGCUCGCUAUGGCGGCAUUGAGCUCUUCCUGGGUGGUGUGGGUCCAGACGGGCAUAUCGCUUUUAACGAACCAGGCUCCUCCUUGAGCAGUCGUACUCGUGUCAAGACCCUGGCAUAUGAUACGAUCUUGGCUAACUCGCGAUUUUUUGGCAAUGACUUGGACUUGGUGCCGCGGAGGUCACUGACCGUGGGUAUUCAAACUAUCAUGGAUGCUCGCGAAGUUGUCAUCGUGGCUACCGGUGCUCACAAGGCUCUUGCUGUGGAGAAAGGCCUGGAAGGCGGCAUCAAUCACAUGUGGACACUGUCGGCGCUGCAGCUACACCCAUAUGCGCUGAUCGUCUGCGACCGUGAUGCAACUCUGGAGCUGAAGGUCAAGACUGUCCGUUAUUUCGAAUCAAUUGAACAAUCCGGCACGGAUGCACGUACUCAGGGCCCCCCUCUUGUCUACAGACCCAGGACAUACGUUCCUGCCCCAGUGGGUGUCGAGAAACUCCAGCCAUCGCACAUCGCACCUCACAAAGCACCCAAGGACCUCCGAAUCAACACGGAACUCAACACAUCGGUAGAGGAUGAGGAACUCACACCGGACAGCAUGUCUUCACGUAUGGUUGACUCGGCGAUUGGAGGGCUGGAUUCGACCCUGAAGGGAGACAUGUUCUUUGAUCACAUGGGAUCACGGGUUGCGUCACAUUGAAGGGGGGAAAGGUCGUGAGAAUACCCACUUCGAGGGCAGUAUUCAAUCGGCUUCGGAAUGUCGGUAGAUGGUGGCCAGGGGCGGAUAAGACUGAAUCGUAGAUUGUAAGAGGGUCAUUUGCUUGGGACUUAUUUUGUUUGUUUUUAUUCGGUUGGCAUCCAUUUCGCGAAACUGAUAACUAGACGUGCUGUCUCUUUGCGGUUAUGCAUUGGGUAAUUCCUUUUUGUGCCCGGAAAGAUACUAGAUGGAUUU